AUGGCCACCAGCAACGAGUUAUCGAUGAAGCUCCUGAUCGAAGGCAAGUCUCAGAAGGUGUGCUUCGCCGAGGCCGGCAGCGAGUUCGUCGAGUUCCUCACCGGCCUCCUGUCCCUACCGCUAGGCACCGUCACCACCCUCCUGACCAAGGAGCGCAUGUCGGGCAGCAUCGGCAACGUGCUCGGCAGCAUGGAGAAGCUGGACGCAAGCUACAAGAGCAGCGAGCUGCCCCUCAGCCCGGCGGUCGCCCCCGCCGCGCUCUCCCGCCUGCAGCAGCUGCUGGGUGUGCAGCUCGGCAACGCCAACAACAACAACACCGACGGCGUCACCUAUUUAUACACUUGUGAAGGUAAAAAGCAAGCUCCCCCGGGCUACUUGGCGUUCCAAGGUAGAACAAUGGACCCCACUCUCUGCGCCAUACCCCCAAGCACAUUCUUGGCGGACAGUGGCACUGACGUCUGCUCAAAAUUCUUCUCGGCGGCCAGCGGCGGCGUCUGCCCCAGCUGCUCGCGGCCGAUGAACACGUGUGGGGGGCACAUACUUGUGGAAGCCAAGGGGUCCGCGGCCACGACGACUCCGCUGCAGCCGACAUACACUGUCGGGGACGACCUCUCCGUGGCUCCGGCGUCCAACGUGGUGUCGGGCAUCACCCUGCUCGCGCGGUGCGGCGUCAAGGACCUGAGCACCCUGCAGGAGAGGACGGUGAAGGUCGGCAAGGAAGAGGCACUGGGGAUACUCGCUGCUUCGCUCACGUCCAAGACCAUGCUGACUGACGUCUUUCUGCCCAAGAAGAAUGCUCGCUGCAAAAGGGAAGCUCCCGAGGAAGUCAUUCAUAUAUGACUUACUGCUAGUUCUUCAGAACUUGCUCGUUCCAGAAAACUUCUUUAGAACUUUCUGAUACGAUUUUCCUGUUAUUAUUUAUGACUUAUGAGAGGAAGGGGGGAUCAUGAAUUAUGGUGUCAAAACGCUCUUAUAUUAUAGGACGGAGGGAGUAGGAUAUACGAGUCCAAGUCCACAACUUUUCUGAGUAUUAUGAGAGAAAUAUUAUAGCUAUCCAUACGAGUUGGUAUUCUAGGUAAUUCGUUGUUUAGUCGUGAUAAAUUAACGAGAGGGCAUGUUUCU